AUGCAUCGUGAUCACCAAGCUAUUGUCAACCUUUUCGGAGGCCACGCUCCUCUUUGUCUUUCUUUUGAAUCCAACAGCGACGACGAUUAUACUGUACGCCAUCUCAAACAACGCAUCAAUGCACUUACGAACGUAGACGUUGCCGAUCAAUCCUUCAGCACCAUGGGUGGACGACCCCUUACAGACGACCAUGUCAUGUUUGAAAACGAUUCAUCGAGUCCUGUCAUUUUCAACAUGUCUCUGCGUCUUUUGGGCGGUAAAGGUGGUUUUGGUUCCAUGCUGCGUGCACAAGGUGGUCGUAUGAAUGCGCAAAAGACUACCAAUUUUGAAGCCUGUCGUGAUUUGCAAGGUCGACGUAUUCGCACUGUCAAUGAUUCUAAAAAGUAA